GCCAGGAGGAGAGGAGAGUGGCGGGGCUAAUCAGUUCCUAAUUGCAAUACAAUCCCAAUACUCAAAUCAAAUGGAUGCGGUCAAAUGAGACCGACACAACAGCCGACACUGCGACAUGUCCUGUAGUCUAUAUAACUUCAGGGUCAUUUCUCAUUUGACGACCAAACAAAGAUCGACGUGCUUCCCCCUGUGUCCCAUGUGCCAUGUGCCAUGUGCCAUGUGCCAGUGUUGUGCUGCGGUGUCAUCUCCUGUCGAUCUUGUCUCGGAUAUCCCUUCUCGCGCUUCUCGGCCUGGUCAAACGCCUCCCGCGCUGCCGCUUCGAUGCGCUCGUCGCUUCCAGUCACCCAGCAGUUGACUGCUGGCCGAUGGCCGCUGGCCGCUGGAUUGGAUUGGAUUGGGGAUGAGAUAGCGUGUAAAGCAGCUUUGCAGUUGAUCCACAAGGUUGGGUGUCAGUCCGGGCGGGUCGAGGACCGAGGAGGAGAGGCGGAGGUAGCGAGCCGGCAUGAGGCAGACAUGUGAUUGCGCGCGCAAGACGUGAGAUGGUGGGGAGCGGGAGUGACUCUCCGCGAUAACGCUUUUGUAAGAAUUUGCUCGUUUCGCUUUUACAAUCGGAGGAGACUACUACUAGUCUCUCGCAAGCUGAGAUAGACUGCUAUCGGAGCAGGCGCGCCGCAAGUCGUCCCCACUUUGCAUGCACUGCACAGCACAGCAUAGGUGUAUGCUCUGCAUGCUCUGGUCGUGUGUAGUAGGUGGAGUUAGUGGGUGGCGACGAGGACAU